AUGAAAAGAGAAAGAGGUUCAGGAACAUCUGCCCUUACAACAGAUUCCCAGGCCACCUCCUCAUUUCCUCAAAGGCUUAAAAACAAAGCUGAAGAUGGAAAGUUUACAAAAUUCAUCACCAUACUGAAACAACUUUUAGUAAACAUUCCAUUGGUUGAAGCCCUAGAGCAGAUGCCAGGAUAUGCCAAGUUCAUGAAAGACUUGGUCACCAAGAAAAGAGCGGUAAGUCAUGAUUUCUCUAACGAUGUCCAUCAUUGUAGUGCGAUUGCUACCAGAUAUCUGGUGCAGCAAAAAGAGGAUCCAGGUGCAUUAACAAUACCAUGUACCAUUGGGUUAAUCAAGUUUGCAAAAGCUUUAUGUGAUCUGGGAGCUAGCAUAAAUCUGAUGCCUUUACCCAUUUAUAAAAAGUUAGGUUUGGGAGUACCAAAACCUACAUCAAUGAGGUUGAUGAUGGCUGAUAGGUCAGUAAAGAGGCCAGUGGGCAUCAUGUGUGAUGUACUGGUAAAGGUGGACACUUUCAUCUUUCCAUCUGAUUUAGUGAUUCUGGAUUGCGAAGUAGAUUUUGAGGUUCCCAUAAUUUUGGGAAGACCCUUUUUGGCCACAGAAAGAGCUUUAGUGGAUAUUGAGAGAGGAGAGUUGAAGUUCAGACUCAACACAUAUGAGGUAUGGUUCAACAGUUGCUGGUCAAUGAAACAGCCACGAGAUAUGAAUGUGAUAUCUGCAAUAGAGAUGGUCACUGAUGAAGACAUGAGGGUACCUAUAGAAGAGAGAAUGGUUGUUGAAACAUUAACAGCAGUACUGAUGAACUUUGAUGUGGAUUUUCUGUCUAACUAUAUAGAAACCGUGAAUGCCUUGCAGGGUAUGGGAGCACAUUCGUAUGCACCAAAGAAAUUGGACUUGGACUUGAAAAACAGGCCAAGUCCUCCAGCGAAACCAUCCAUUGAGGAGGCACCAGUGUUAGAGCUGAAACAGUUACCCAAUCACCUUAGGUAUGUAUUCUUGGGUACUAAUAACACUUUACCUAUGAUAUUAGCUGCAAAUUUGAAUGAAGAGCAGGUACAAGAGGUGAUCAAGGUGCUAAAAAAUACAAAAGAGCCAUUGGAUGGACCAUUACUGAUAUAA